ACAGAAGCAGUCUCCGCCAGCCAAGGAACCAGCAAAAACAUUUCACCAUGGACGUAGACGAUGAAGAAAACAUGAGUUCGAGCAGCACCGACAUUAAAGAAAACCGCAACGUGGACAACGUUCCCCCCAAAGACAGCGGUGGGACAGGGGCCGGGGAGGGGACACAGCUCUCCAACGGCGGCAGCAGCAGCAGCAGGAAGAGGCCUCUGGAGGAGGGCAACAACGGCCAUUCCAAAUUUCGCCCCAAGAAGAGGAAGAAAACGCCCGGCCCCGUCCUGCCCAAGAACGCCCUGAUGCAACUUAACGAGAUCAAACCCGGCUUACAGUACAAACUGCUCUCCCAGACGGGGCCGGUCCACGCCCCCAUGUUCGUGAUGGCCGUGGAAGUCAACGGGCAGGUGUUCGAGGGCUCUGGCCCCACGAAAAAGAAGGCCAAGCUCCACGCCGCUGAGAAGGCUCUGCGGUCCUUCGUCCAGUUCCCCAACGCCUCGGAGGCCCACCUGGCCAUGGGCAGGACUCUGUCGGUCAACACGGACUUCACGUCCGACCAGGCGGACUUCCCCGACACCCUCUUCAACGGGUUCGAGACGCCGGUCCCUUCCGACGCGUCCUUUUACCUCGGCUCCAACGGGGACGGCUCCUUCAGCUCCGGCGGGGAGUACGGUUUGCCGUCGGCUGCCGUGGCCAGCAGCCUCUCCCAGUCGCCUCUGCCCCCGCCGUCCCCCUACCCCACCGCCAGCGGGAAGAACCCUAACCCUGUCAUGAUCCUCAACGAGCUGCGGCCGGGGCUCAAGUACGAGUUCCUCUCGGAGAGCGGGGAGAGCCACGCCAAAAACUUCGUCAUGGCUGUGGCCGUGGACGGUCAGACUUUCGAGGGCUCGGGGAGGAACAAGAAGCUGGCCAAGGCUCGGGCGGCUCAGUCGGCCCUGGCGUCCCUGUUUAACAUGCAGCUGGACCAGACCCCGUCCCGCCAGCCCAUCCCCAGCGAGGGGCUCCAGCUGCACUUGCCACAGGUUUUAGCUGAUGCUGUUGCACGCUUGGUUGUAGAUAAAUUCAGUGAUUUGACUGAAAAUUUCACAUCUCCGCAUGCACGUCGAAAAGUUCUUGCUGGAAUUGUCAUGACAACAGGUACAGAUGUGAAAGAUGCCCUUGUAAUAAGUGUUUCUACAGGAACAAAAUGUAUCAAUGGUGAAUACAUGAGCGACCGUGGUCUGGCAUUAAACGAUUGCCACGCGGAAAUCAUAGCUCGGCGGUGCCUGCUGAAAUUUCUCUACACACAACUUGAGCUUUACCUGAGCAAUAAAGAAGAUCAGCAAAAAUCCAUUUUUAUCAGAUCAGAGCAAGGCGGGUUUAAGCUGAAGGAGAAUGUGCAGUUCCACCUCUAUAUCAGCACAUCUCCUUGUGGUGAUGCUCGGAUUUUCUCCCCCCACGAAGCAGCACAAGAGGAUCAAGGGGACAGGCAUCCAAACCGCAAAGCCAGAGGACAGCUGCGGACAAAGAUAGAAUCUGGGGAAGGGACCAUCCCCGUGCGCUCCACGACCACCAUCCAGACGUGGGACGGUGUGCUGCAAGGAGAGAGGCUGCUGACCAUGUCCUGCAGUGACAAGAUAGCAAGGUGGAACGUAUUGGGUAUUCAAGGAGCCUUACUUAGCCUCUUUGUGGAGCCAAUUUACUUCUCUAGCAUCAUCUUGGGGAGUUUAUAUCAUGGGGAUCAUCUAUCCAGAGCCGUUUACCAGAGGAUAGCAGAGAUAGAAGAUCUACCACCUCUUUAUACACUCAACAGACCUUUACUUAGUGGUAUCAGCAACGCAGAGGCCCGUCAGCCAGGCAAAGCCCCAAACUUCAGUGUGAACUGGACAGUAGGAGACACCGGCCUGGAGGUCAUUAACGCCACGACCGGCAAGGACGAGAUGGGCCGCGCGUCCCGCCUGUGCAAGCACGCGUUCUACAGCCGCUGGAUGCGCAUCCACGCCAAGCUUUCCUCCAGCUUACGCUCCAAGAUCCUCAAGCCCAACCUGUACCACGAUACCAAGCAAGGAGCCACCGAGUAUCAAACUGCCAAAGAGUGUUUGUUUAAAGCAUUCCUGAAGGCAGGACUUGGAGCCUGGGUGGAGAAGCCCAUAGAACAGGAUCAGUUUUCUCUCACGGUCUAAUUCACAAACUGCACAUCACUUUGGAAAGGGAGUUGCUCUGGAAAUUCCUGGUGUCCAGCAUUGCUUUCUGGCAUCUCCACAGCCAUUAAAACAUCUUCGUUGCUGUUUGGAGUUGGGUUUCUUUGGGGUUUUUUUGGAACUUCACAGUAACUGUUUCUGUUUCGCCUGAGUGUUGAAACUCAAUGAUGAUCUGACACAUAAUUGUAUAUUUUGUUAUAGGAAAGUAAUUUCUGGUGUAUUUCUAGAAAUACUUUUGCUGUAGAAAACUUGCAGUAAGGCUCUCCUUACUGUAUACAAUGACUCAUUUUUUCUGGGUUAAAAUAAUUUCUUUUUUUAAUUCAAUGUCAUCAAGUGCAUGAAGAAAUUAGAAGUUUCUCUAGGUUUUACACCACACUUUUAGGAAGUAGCUUAAUUUUUUAAAAAUAGGUGACAAAGCUGAUUCUACUGCUCUGUUAACUUGUUUUUGAACUGCAGAUAUUUUUAGCACAUAGACCACAGAGCCAGAAUGGAGUCUGGACAGCUAGUUUUUUCCCAAUUCCUUGCUCUUUAAAACCAGCUGCUGAAAAUUUCAUGUCUUUGAUGUAUGUAUUUAUUAGUCUGUGACCCAGUUUUUAACAUGCAGCUUUUUAUUCUGUUUUUAAAAAUACAUUUACCUCCCAUUUACACCCAUUGUGAAGUCUUCUUUUUUUUUUUUUUUUUUUUUUACCAUUGUAAACUGGAAACAGCAAAAACAAUUAUUUGUAAGUUAAGAAGUUUAGUCUGUAACGUGCAGAGGCCUGUUUAGAAGUAGGUGACUUGUAUAUCCCAGGAACUCGUCAGAACACAACCUUAAACUGUAACAGUGAUGUGACAGCUU